AGCCUGGAGUGGAACCCAAGAUUCCUGAGUCUCACCAUUCCUCUGCUGUCACCAAGUAUCUGUGAAGCCCUUUGGCAAACUGUGUGUGUCAUCCUCUGCUAAUGCUGGUCCAGACAGAACAUGGCAACUUGCUGCUUCUAUCAGGUCAACUAGAACAGUCUCUGUAGUGCAGAACUCUCAUAAAUGUGAAGCAAACCAUCCACCAUUAUGUUUGGCACUAAAAGGUUAAAGAAAAGGUCCCAGUCUGUAGAUGUUACUGCACCAGGCUACAACCUUCUGGCAGCAGAAGCACAAGAGGCCCCACAAGCCAGUAAAUUGAUACCUGUCACUAACACAGCUGCUUCUGAAGAGGAGCAGAACAACACCACAAAUACACAAAGGCGCAAUCCACGAAGGAGUGAGCUGAAGAGAUACUACACCAUUGAUACUGGCCAGAAGAAGAACCCAGACAAGAAAGAUGGGCGACGAAUGUCUUUUCAGAAGCCUAAAGGGACUAUUGAAUAUACAGUUGAAUCAAGAGACACUCUAAACAGUAUUGCCUUGAAAUUUGAUACGACACCGAAUGAACUGGUUCAGUUAAACAAAUUUUUCUCCCGAGCAGUUGUUCCUGGACAGAUUUUAUAUGUUCCUGACCCAGAAUAUGUUUCUAGUGCGGAGAGCUCCCCAUCUCUUAGUCCCAUAAGUCCCUUGUCACCUACAUCUUCAGAAGCUGAAUUUGACAAGGCUACAGAUCCAGAUGGGCUCCAUCGAAAAGAGGCAGCUGCUUCACCAGCUUAUGCAUGUUUUCGUCCUGCAAGAGUGGUAUCAUCCACAUCAGAGGAGGAAGAAGCAUUUACUGAAAAAUUUCUCAAAAUUAAUUGCAAGUACAUGACUUAUGGCAAGGGUGCGGUCAAUGGUGUGCUGCUAGUGACGCCAAAUAAUAUAAUGUUUGAUCCACAUAAAUCUGAUCCUAUGGUCCAAGAGAACGGCUGCGAAGAGUAUGGCAUCAUGUGUCCAAUGGAAGAAGUGAUGUCAGCUGCUCUGUAUAAAGAAAUUGUGGACAGCAAAAUAAAGGAUUCAUUACCCAUAGAUGUAGAACCAUUAUCUGUAAGAGACCUCUGCCAUUUCAAGAAAAUUACAAGAAGCAAUACAGAUGAAAUGGAUUCAAGGGUUCGGGAUACAGGGAAUGACAGUGCCAGCACUGCCCCUCGGAGCACAGAGGAGUCUCUUUCGGAGGAUGUGUUCACAGAAUCGGAACUCUCUCCAAUAUGUGAGGAACUUGUUUCUUCAGAUGAGCUUCAACAAGACAAAUCUUCUGGUGCCUCAUCAGAAUCUGUCCAAACGAUAAAUCAAACUAGCGCAGAAUGUUUAACAAUAAUUUCAGACUCAACUGACGUUCCCAAGGACUUAAAAUCCAGUGUUGACCUGCCUGUAAAUGACAGUGGGUUUGUAACCCAUAUUAUGGGUUCAGAAACUGUUGAAAUGGCAGUACAGGAGGGAGAGGACACUGUGGGGGAAAAAGUUACAGAUGCCCUUCAACAAUCUUUGCAAGAUAUGCAACCCAGUAAAGAAUGUGGCACAAAUGUAGACAUAGUCCCAGAUCAGGAUUCCACACUAGAGAAAACACACAAGAGCGGGUGUGAUAAAGGAGGAAUGUCUCUUUGUGAAGACAUCAAAGACUCUCAAAAAAGAGAGACCGCAACCAAGGGAAAACUAGUGAAAGAAUUAACUCGAGAUUCAGACAUAGACGUUGAAGAGCUUCGUGAACUCUGGAAGAUUCACACUAUGCAACAAACCAAGCAGCAAAGAGAAAACAUGCAGCAAGAUUCACAAAAAGAAAUUAAGCAAAAAAUGGAGAUUGCAGCAGAUGGACAAGUUGAAGUGAUAGGUUCUGCUCCUAUGAAGGAGAAGAGAAGACAUCGAUUUUACAAAUUCUUGUGUCUCAGAGUUGGAAAACCUAUGAGAAAAACAUUUGUGUCUCAAGCAAGUGCAUCAAUGCAGCAGUAUGCACAGAGAGAUAAGAAACACGAGUACUGGUUUGCUGUUCCACAUGAAAGGACAGAACACUUGUAUGCCUUCUUUAUUCAGUGGAGCCCAGAAAUGUAUUCAGAGGAUACUGGGGAGUCUAUUAGAGAGCCUGGGUUUAUAGUGGUAAAGAAGAAUGAAGAACCUGAAACUGGUGAUUGCACUAAUGAAGCUGCUUCUAGAGAGUGGGAGAUAACAAGGGAAGACAUAAAUCCAAAGCAGGCCACAAAUAUCAAAACAGACCUGGAGCCUGAAGCAUUUCGGCCAAAUCUUAGCGAUCCUAGUGAAUUGUUGCAGUCAGACCAAAUUGAAAAGCUCACAAAGCACCUUCCUCCGCGAACUAUUGGGUAUCCAUGGACUCUUGUCUACAGCACUGCAAAGCAUGGCAUGAGCUUGAAGACAUUGUAUCGAACUAUGUUGGGGCUAGACACUCCUGUACUAAUGGUUAUCAAGGAUAGUGAUGGGCAGGUUUUUGGUGCACUAGCUUCUGAACCUUUUAAAGUGAGUGACUGCUUUUAUGGCACUGGAGAGACCUUUCUGUUUACUUUCUCUCCAGAUUUUGAGGUCUUCAAAUGGACAGGAGACAAUAUGUUUUUUAUUAAAGGAGACAUGGACUCUCUAGCUUUUGGUGGGGGAGGGGGUGAAUUUGCUCUUUGGCUUGAUGGGGAUCUCUACCAUGGAAGAAGUCACUCUUGUAAAACAUUUGGGAAUCACACACUUUCUAAGAGAGAAGACUUCAUUAUCCAAGACAUUGAAAUCUGGGCUUUUGAAUAAGUGUAUAUGUGUCUCUACAGGCUAUUGUCCCAAACCUGACAUGAAUCAGUGCAGCUCAAAAAGCCCUAGAAGCAAUAGAAUACAGUAUUUAUAUACUAUAGUUUUAAAGUUAUCUUCAUGAUGAUCCACAUACAAUUUUGAAAUAGUAUAUUUAAAGUUGUCGUACUUCAUUGUAUGCUUAAGAUAUUUCUAUAAGUCUAGGCCACAUGGGCUGAAACUGAAUGUCAGUUGAGUUAAUCUUGCUGUUGUGGAGCCAGCCCCCCAAAUUAUCUGUCCUUUAGUCUACCCCUUUGUCUCUUCAGUUCCCCGAAACAUCGGUCUACGAUCCCUUUAGGACUGCUUUGCUAUAUCUCAAUUAAGAUUAUUUUUCUAUUAAAACUGUAUCUCUGAAUGGAGCUCCCCCUUCAGGGCCUGUGAGGAAAGUUUUGAGUGUGAUGAUUUGGCAGCCACGCUGCAAACACUGGUCCAGACCACUGAUUGAUUAAUUCACAUGAUGCCACUGCUAGACAAGAAGUUUAGCAUUCUGUAUUGGAGCAUACCAUUACCUAAGUCCUGGUUCGAAAAUUCAUCCAAAUUCAGUUGUGCCACUUGUUUUAUUAAUGUCCAAUUUAGAAAACACAUGUCAGUAACAUCCUAGUAAAGUUCUAGUUGUGUGCUGAUUAUAUUAAAGAGUAUUUUGCACAUGCUGUUAAUGAUCUGCAGGUUUGGGACAAAUGAGGACAGCAUUGAGCUAUGUGAUAAAAACAUAAAAUAGCAAGGGAAUGUGAGAAUGUGAUAGUUCCACUGGGUUUAAUGGAUAAAUCAAGUAAAAUGCAGUGAACAGAUUUGUAGCUGUAGUAGGGCAUUAUGCAUACAGACUAUGAAAUUGAUGCAUUUUUCUUCAACAUAAAGUGUCAGAUAUAUACUGUUUUAUAGAUAUACUGUUGUAGCCUUGUAGCACAUCAACUCCAAGAACAUAGCUUAUUCCUGUCCAAAAGAAAAAAAUAGUUGUGAUGUUUUUGAGUGGAUUUAUGUUGUAAACUACAGUUAGCACCAGCUCUGAUAAAAUGGGGUAAUGUACUAUAGGUAGCCAAUAUUGUAACUCAGUAGACUUGUGGAAUAUGCAAAUUUACUGUCAUGUGACCUCAAAAAAAUGACAGGCUAGAAUACAGUACCGGUAGCUCUUGUUCACUUUUGUAGGAAAACUGAUAAGCCAUUGUGGCAAUAACAGCUCAACAAAAGUUAUUUUCAAAGCUUCUAUUCUAUGUUAUGCAAAAAAAUUGCUGUUAAGUGUGACAGUGACUGACUUUGUGCUGAAAUUUCAGCUGUUCCAGAUGAACAUUGUAUAUUAUCUUGUAAAUUAAUGUUUAAAAGUAGUUUUGUUAUUAUAGAAAAGUGUUGAUUAACGGGUUGCUUAUAGCACUUUAAAUUAUUCUAGAAAUGGAAUAAAAGCCAAAUGGGUUGGCUUAAAUAGAUGUAGUUGUAUAGUAUUUCAAUAUAUUUAGUUCUUUGAAAAGUUUUAAAAACUUAUCUGAGGAAAGAUUACUGCUGUGGUAAUGAAAAAGGGCAGAUGCUCUAUGUAUAAUAUGCUAAUGCGCAAUAUGAAUAGAAAUACAGGGCCCCAUUUCCUGUCUCUAUGUAUAGCUCUUUACCCUUGUUAGAGCUUAGUACAGUAUGUAGAUUAAAUGUUUACAAAAAUAAGGAACUGUAAAUAUAUUAAAUUGCUUUUCUCCCCAUUGAUCUUCCACAGCAGUAUUAUUGUCUUUGUGGAGUUAAGACUGACUAUAAACAAUCCUGUAAUGGAUUUCAAGUACUAUAAGGUCAUAGUGAUACAUAUAUAGCAAAUAAAUCUAAAUACAUGUAAAAUUAAA